AUGGUUGACUGGGUCGGCCUCCUGAUCCCCCUGGCAUAUCUGUCCAUCCUCAUCGGUUCUCUCGCCACCUUUAGCUCUCUAUACCGCCGUCGCAAGGCCCAAAAGGCCGCCAAUCUUGCUCCAUGGUUCCCUCCUCAUCUGCAACGUAACAUCUACCUGUCGCUCCUACAUAUCGAUCCUCAGGACCCCUCAUCUACCCCCGAAGGCUCCGACAAGUCAUUGAGCCAGGUUCCUGACAGCAUCAUUCGUGCUGCUCUCUUGCGCCGCGCCGUCGAAGACAUCCACCGCAUUAUCCAGGUCCGCAACGCAAAGCCCGCUCUCCAGACCCUACUACAAAGGGGAAGCGUGGGAGAUGAGCUAUGGCAGCGCUUCCAAAUAGCCGAGCAGGAGAUUGAGGAGGAGGUCAAAGAUGUUGUUUCCGAGGCCAACGCCCUCGUACCAAAUUGGGGCCAGAUCAUCUUCCAAUCAGCCAACGAAAUCGCCAACAACCAACUGGCCAAGCAGCGCAUGGAGGAUAUCCAAUCCAAGCUGCCCGAGGAGAAGGCAUGGUGGGACAAGAGAAAGCAAGGAAUCCAGUCUUCGUUCAUGAAGGAGCUCGACGAUGAAGCUGCAGGCAGCAGAAAGGGCUCUGUGACCUCGAGCGCCGGUCAAACCGAAGAUGCUGUCUUGGUCGAGACACCAGGCAGCGCAAAGAAGAAGAGCAACAAAUAG